GUCAUACAUGGCAUUGAUUUUAUUGUUGUGUUGAAAUCUAUGGUUGAAAUUUCCCAAAAAUGAAAUAAGUAGAUUGUUCGUGAGCACAGGUGAUAUCUAUCUAAAUAUUAUAGUUUCCGAGAAGCAGUGGAUCAUCGGUGGCUGAAAAACAACAACAGUGAUUUUGGCCUGCCUGUCACAAUCACAAUGGAAGAAGACGACAGCACUUGGUUGAUUGAACUAGAGUCGGCGCUUCUAGAUGGAUGCUCUGCUCACGAAAUAAACAUGCUCACAAAAGGUAAAAAGAUUCCAGAAAGUCUGCGUCCUGACGUGUGGCUCCUCUGUCUCAACUGCCAAGAUGCUAGCAAUCAGUUAUUGCUCUUUGAUGAAAUCUUUGAUUUGACCAAUCAGAAUGAACUGAGAGAUGAUGUGAAGAAGUUCGUAAAAAGUCUGGGUAAUGAUGAUGAUGACAAACUCUCAGUAAUUUCUGAUAUUGAAUCAAUUAUCACAUUUUAUUGCAAGUCCAAAUCCAUUCAAUACACCUCCAAUAAUGGUUGGAUUGAAAUUUUAUUGCCAUUAUUGAGUUUAAAAUUACCAAGGGCAGAUACAUACAAUUUGUUUGAAAAAGUGAUAAAUCUAUACAUUCCAAAAGGCUGUACCAAAAAUGGUGUACCAUUCCAUAUACUGCGAUUGGUUUUACAAUAUCAUGACCCGGAGCUGUGUUCAUUCUUGGAUACCAAGAGGAUAACUCCCGAGCAGUACUGCCUGCCAUGGCUCAGGUCUCUCUUUGCUGGAACAUGCAGUCUGGAUGUUGUCCUCUUCAUGUGGGACUUGUAUUUUCAGAGAUCUGAUCCCUUCUUCAUUUUCUUCCUCUGUCUUAUUAUGAUAAUAAACUCCAGAGAACAACUGCUCCAAAUGAAGAAUGAAGACAAAUCUGAAAUCAUAGAAACUAUGAGCAGAAUGCCCGCAGAUUUGGAAGCGCCAGAUGUUUCAGAUUUUUGCUCAUUAGCUCAUUACUAUUCCUUAAAAACACCAGUUUCAUUCCGAGAUGAUGUCCUAGAUGUAUUGUUCUCAACAAACGGCCUUGAGAUUAACUCUAAACUUUAUUCCCAAGCCCUCUGUCUUCCAGUAGCAGUCCAUGAACUGAUAGAGAGUGCCACAGUAGAUGCGUCAGACAUUGAUAGUGUUAAGUACUUCUUGGUUGAUUGCCGGCCAGCAGAGCAAUACAAUGCUGGGCACUUAUCUACUGCCUUCCAUUUGGACUGCAAUCUCAUGCUCCAAGAACCUAAUGCUUUCAAUACUGCAGUACAAGGCUUACUCAAUGCACAGAGACAGGCUCUGGCCGCUGGAUCAUUGGCAGCUGGUGAACAUCUGUGUUUCGUUGGUUCUGGAAGGACAGAGGAGGAUAGCUAUGCACACAUGGUGAUAGCGUCAUUCUUAAAGAGGAAUACCAAAUAUAUCUCAAUGCUGGAUGGUGGAUUUGUAGCUAUACAUGACUACUUUGGUCCCCACAUGACGGAUUGUUUGGAAGAACACAACCCAGCCUCAUGUCUAGUCUGUGCCCCGCAAAACAACAAUGAAGGAGUUGAAUCAAACCAAAGUAACACGAGAGACAAUGCACCUGCUAUACAGUUGUUUAGUAAACUUUCAUCAGCAAUGAAGGCUAAAAGCCAAGAAGUAAAAGGAAAGUUGAUAGAAUACAUUGUGAAUCCAAAUGCUACUGCAGGCACAGGGGAAUGGCAUGUUUCUGCAAGCGACAGGAAAGAACAGAGGUACCGGAAUGUUCCUCCAGUGUUCAGUAUUAAUGACGAAGAUGAUGAUUCUCGUCCAGAUUCUAGAAAGGAAUUGACAGAUUCAGAUAUUUUGGAAGAGACUGUGGACCUUAACACAUUCCUAAAAGAGCACAAUGUCGUAGAUAAUUUCUUGUGUCAAGAAGUUCUAUUGAAUGGUUACAUGUAUGACUCAUGCCUAGUUGUUACCGAGACACAUUUAAUAGUUCUGCGAGACAUUCCAAACAAGCGUGGCAUGUACAAGGUGCUGUCUCGAAGGCCACUGUCGACCAUUGUGAAGAUAACGGCGAAAAAGCGGCACCCAGAACUAAUUACAUUCAAGUACGGCGUGCCCGACGGAGAUAACUUGCUAAUUAAGGAUAUGGAUCGCUUUUUGAUACCCAACGCUUCGUUGGCAACUAAAGUGGUGUCUAACCAGAUAGUCCAACAGUUGGACAACAAAUAAACCAUUUGGAUGUAGAAUGAUUCCUAAAGGUAAUAUAAAUUCGCCUCAGUAUUCGAUUUCGAACCCAAUUAGUGUAUUAUAAGCUUUAUUGUUAUUAUUGUCCUUGCUGAGGAAAAUCUAGAAUUGGAUCUAAAUUUUAUAAAUUAUUAAAGUAUUCAUAACUAUUCGAUAGUCUGCCUAACGAAAUUUAGAGCACUUACUUACUUUUUUUAUAAAAAAAUUAUGUUAUUACAUAAUAAAACACUCACUUUGCUUUCAUUUGCACAUAUUUUAUGUUAAUUUCUAUUUUGAAACAUAGCUAAGCUACGUAUUUAAUAUUAAAACUAGUAACUAGUUUUAGUGCUUAUGCUUAGUGCAAGUAUAUAAGUUCCUACUUCAGAAUUAAACUUCAACCAUUUUAAAGCAUCGAAAAUGGGUACAUAGGAAACCAUAGGUAUUUUCGUUUUUAUUGUUUUUAAUUGUAGUUACCAUUUUUGCAUAGGUAAAACUAUAAUUUAAGUAUGUGAAUAAUUAACUUGAAUAACCCCUAAGUACCUAUUAGGUUAUUCUAACAAUUUAUAACAAGUCCUUGCAAGAUUAAAAAAAAAAUAGAGCGUUAUGUGAAUGAGAAAUCAAUAAUUAUUAAAUUAUUCAGUCCAAUUAUGCAUUUAUUUCGAUGUGUCUAUGUUAUAAAAGAGUCUGAUUGUGAAUAUUUUUUAUACUAGUACUUAUUAUAGCUAGUUCUCUUAGCUGGGCUUUAGUUUCUUUUUUAAAUAGGUAUAUUGUAUAUUUAACUGUACACACCUAAUUUAAGCCAAUAUCUUGCGUCUACAAUUCCAAUUUUGCACAACUGUAUUAUCUAUCUUCUAUAUAUAAUACCUAUCUUUUAUGUUAGAAGUUGUAACAAUUUUAGCACAUGUUUCUUGAAAUUACAUGCUUUGUUAUCACGAAUACCGAUAAUAAUCUUUGAGCUAGCACUUCUACAAUAAACCUUUAUGUAUCUAUUAGAUAUAGGUAAUAUCUAGGUAUAAAUAUAUCUAUUUAAUUACCUACCUAUAAUAUAGUCCCUAUAUUAUUGUCAAGGGUCAGACAUACAACCGUACAUGAGAUAAUAACAAAAAAAAUCGAGUUAGACUCAUUACAAAUUAUGAUUUGGUAUGCGUAGUGUGAGUUGUCGUGCCCAUAGAUGGCGUUACAACUCUGUCAAAGUAACAUUCAUGAUUUUAAGUGAGCCUAAAAGUGAGGUUUGUAUUAGCAGGUAUUACUCUAUUAGCUACCAACUACCAAUGACGUUGGCGUGAGUAUAACAUUUUUGCAUAUUAGAUAAUGGCAGUAAACCAUCGCAGUCAAUUAUUCAAAUGCUUUUAAAUGCGAAUUACUAGCAAAUGUACAAGUGUUAUUGUAUUGGAAAUUCUUUUGUUAUGUAGAAAAAUGGUCUAUGUUAGAAAAUAUAGCACACCUACACUAUGAUACGAACUAUGUACAUAAUUAUUAGGUACAUUUUUAAUUAUUCAAUAAAUUAUUCUUGCGUUACUGA